AUGUCUUCGGAUGCUCCCCCGCCUCUCGGUGAGCGGCUACUCGGCCUAGCCGAGCCCGCAAUGCUCAUGGCCUGGGCUAUGCGUCAUUACAUCCGCGUGUGCGGCGAGGCUGUUUUUAAAAAUGGCCAGGUCCUCGCACCUAUCUCGCGGACCAAAGAGCUCCGCGACAAAGCCUUUGGUCAAUUCUGGGUUGAAUUUACCAGCACGCCAUCGCAGCCAACAACACCCCCAGUCGCCGACUCGGGAGAAGAUGAAUUCAACCCAACAAAUAACAGGAAUUCCUCAGCCCUAAUCCCACCUCUCCUGAAAACCGCUUCUGGGAUAGCCCUGAGCAUUGGCCCAGGCACAGGAACCCAAAUGCCCCUCCUCCGCUCCCCAGCCAUAGAAAAGAUCUACGGCUGCGAGCCCUGUCACGGUCUCCACGACCAACUCCGCGCCAAAGCCUCAGCCGAAGGUCUAGCAUCCAAGUACCACAUUCUCGGCUGUGGUGCCGCGGCAUCAGAAUUACUCCCUGCCUUGCGGGAGACGAAGACCAGAGUUACGGCUGCCUAUGACGAAGAUGCGAAAAAUGGGAUCUUCGAUACAAUUCUCUGCGUGCGUGUUCUCUGCUCUGUGCCGGAGAUGGAGAAGACCGUUGGAGAAUUGUAUGGAUUGUUGAAACCUGGUGGGAAGAUGCUUGUUACGGAGCAUGUUGUUAAUCCGUGGAGGAGUGCCAAGGGUUCUUUGCUUGCUAGGGUGAUGCAGGGAGUUUAUAUGCUUUUAGGAUGGAGUUUCUUCGUUGGGGAUUGUUGUUUGGACAGGGAUACAGAGAGGGCGUUGAGGAGGGUGGCAGAUCGUGAUGGCGGAUGGGAGAGUGUUGAUAUUCAGCAGGAUUUUGCUUGGUCCGCUAUGACCUAUAUUUCGGGGACUUUGGUGAAGAAGGCUUGA